AUGACUUUGGCUACUGGUUCGGCAAUGGAUAUGGGGAUGGAUGAUAAAAGUCCCGACGCUGAUGAUCGCUUAGCUUCUCUGAGAGACAGGUUAGCUGUCAAAAUGGUUCACUGGUACUUUUCUCUACUUAUUUUAACUAUUCUUCCCGCUAUAGCCGCAUGCUAUGCCAUUGCCAACCGGUUUAGAGUGUCGGUCUCAUUGCAAAUCGUUUCGGGUAUUUAUUCUGUUCUUGAAGCUCUAGUGCUUCGUUUUCCGGAUCCAGACGGCCACGAGAAUAAAACAUCCCGUGGAACUGCAUGGUUCCUAAUGUUCUUCUAUGGACUGGUGCUACUUAAUGGUACUGUUACAGAAGGGACCAACAUUUUUUUAGCCAAAUUCAGGGACUCUUCAAUGGGGAAAUAUAGCUCUCGGUUGGCUCCAACUACCUAUAAGGUGAUUUCUGUCUUGAUAGCUGAAUGUGGAUUCGUAAAAUCUGCCAUGAACAUGGUGGCCAUCCUAGGAUUUUGCUAUGAUGAUCACAUUGGACAGUGUAAUGCUCAUGGGAUCAUGGGCAUGUCCUUCAUAGCAUACGGCUGGUUUAUGGCUACUAUGCUUGUAAUUCCCUGGUUACGGGUAAGUAGACACAAGCAUUCCCAGGAAUGGUACGAUUCAUUGAUGAUAACAGCCUGGGGUAUUGUGAACACAUUCACCGAGCAUAGACCCUGGGAGCCUUGGUCGCAUCAUGACUACCAGCAUACCAGCAUGGGCAUUAUCUUUUGGGCCUGUGGAAUGCUGGGAAUCUAUCUUUCCAGGGGAAAUCGCCGGAGCCUUAUGCCGGCAUUAACCUUGAUCUUCACCGGAUAUGCCAUGGGCCAACAUCCUCAGAAACUAAUCCUCUCUGAGAAAGUGCACACCUUCUUUGGACUGGUCCUCAUGUUUGGUGGUGCCAUUAGAAUCAUGGAGAUCAGCUUUCUUCUUCAUGAUAAAAGAUCCGAUCCAAGUGGUCAGGUGUUAUCCUUUCAAUACUUGGCACCAUUUGCUUUAGUCUUGGCCGGUACUCUGUUCAUGGGUGCCAACGAAGAACAGGUUCAAUUAGUCGUUGAUAUGGGUGCAGAUCAUUCUGCCUAUAUUCUCAUUGUUGCCAGUACUGCCUGCCUGGUUCAACUAUUCUAUCUAUUGCUAUUGGAUUUAUAUCUCCAUCUUUGUGGCUGCUCUAUCAGUGGCACAUCUCCCUAUCAGUCCUUAGAGGGUGGACAAAAUCUUGAAGACACUACUAAUUCCAUUUCUGAAAAUACUGCUCGCCAGUCUGAUGAUCAUUUUGAAUUGGAUGACCUUUCAAGUUUAGAUAACGACGCUACAAGACUUUGA